AGCAGCAGCAGUAGCAGUUCCCCCAGCAGCAGCAGUAGCAGUUCCCCCAGCAGCAGCAGUAGCAGUUCCCCCAGCAGCAGUAGCAGCAGUUCCCCCAGCAGCAGUAGCAGCAGUUCUUCCAGCAGCAGUAGCAGCAGUUCUUCCAGCAGCAGUAGCAGCAGUUCUUCCAGCAGCAGUAGCAGCAGUUCUCCCAGCAGCAGUAGCAGCAGUUCUUCCAGCAGCAGUAGCAGCAGUGCUUCCAGCAGCAGUAGCAGUUCUUCCAGCAGCAGUUCCCCCAGCAGCAGUAGCAGCAGUUCCCCCAGCAGCAGUAGCAGCAGUUCCCCCAGCAGCAGUAGCAGCAGUUCCCCCAGCAGCAGCAGUAGCAGUUCCCCCAGCAGCAGUAGCAGCAGUUCUUCCAGCAGCAGUAGCAGCAGUUCUUCCAGCAGCAGUAGCAGCAGUUCUUCCAGCAGCAGUUCCCCCAGCAGCAGUAGCAGCAGUUCCCCCAGCAGCAGUAGCAGCAGUUCCCCCAGCAGCAGUAGCAGCAGUUCUCCCAGCAGCAGUAGCAGCAGUUCCCCCAGCAGCAGUUCCCCCAGCAGCAGUAGCAGCAGUUCCCCCAGCAGCAGUAGCAGCAGUUCCCCCAGUAGCAGCAGUUCCCCCAGCAGCAGCAGUAGCAGUUCCCCCAGCAGCAGCAGUAGCAGUUCCCCCAGCAGCAGCAGUAGCAGUUCCCCCAGCAGCAGAAGUAGCAGUUCCCCCAGCAGCAGCAGUAGCAGUUCCCCCAGCAGCAGCAGUAGCAGUUCCCCCAGCAGCAGC